UUUCACCGGGAAAGCUGCUGAGCCUCAGAUGUCGCUCUGCUGCUAAGCCUCUUAGGAUUCACGAGCAGAGCAGAUGCAGAGAGAAUGCCAAUCAGGAGAGGCUCCCGCUGAGAGGGAGAAACCAGGCUGCUGCUGCUGCUGCUGCUGCUGCUGCUGCUACAAACCCUCCACCACCAUAAUCAGAUGUGGUCGUGACUUUGGUCUAUGUCUUUUUAAAGGCAGCAGAAUCCACUAAGAAUGGAUGGUCCACGGACUCACUGGCGACUUUGACGCAUCAAACAGACAAACACUGACGUGGGGGGGGGCUUCAAACAUGCUUCCCCAGGACACAGGGAGACAGAAGCCCCGCCGUAGAUCCGACCUGGCGUGCGGAGCAGACGAAAACCCCCCGGUUCCGCCUCCGCGCCUGAAGAGCCGGGAUUUCCCAGUGACCGUGAAGCGGCGGCGCUCGGGCUGCGGCUCCGGCUGCGCGUCUGCGGCCGAGCACAAGGUGAAGUGCGUCCUGAUCGGAGACGGAGCUGUGGGUAAGACCAGCCUCGUCGUCAGCUACACCACCAACGGGUACCCGGCGGAAUAUGUCCCGACAGCCUUUGACAACUUUACCGUGACGGUGGUGGUCGACGCUAAACCAAUCAGGCUGCAGCUCUGUGACAUGGCCGGACAGGCGGAGCUGGAACACCUGCGGCAUCUUUGCUACAAGAACGCCGACGUCUUCCUCCUGUGCUACAGCGUGGUGCGACCGUGCUCAUUUCGUAACCUGAAGGACAAGUGGGUCCCUGAAAUCCGUCACCGGUGUCCAGACUCUCACCUGGUCCUCGUCGGCACUCAGUUGGACCUGAAGGAGGACGUCCAGGUGCUGAUCCAACUGGCAGACAACCAGCAGCGGCCGGUGGACGCCGAGGAGGGCCGGCGGUUUGCUCAGGAGCUGGGGGCUGUGAGCUUCACGGAGUGCUCAGCCCUGACCCAGAAGAACCUGAAGGAUGUGUUUGAUGCAGCCAUCUUGGCCAGCCUUCAUCAGACUGACAACAACAACGACGACAGCAGCGUCCAGGAGCAGAGGAUGACUCUGAGGAGGAAAACACCGGACAAGAUCAAGAGCCUGUCAGAAACCUGGUGGAAGAAGAUCAGCUGUUUAAUGGGAGAGCACGGCUGUGACGUCACGUGAAGAACAUCAACACGUCACUGCAGAUGUUACUGGAGUCCAGUUAGACUCCGGUUGAAGAUUUCUAACUGGUUUUAGAUCAAGGAUGAUUUAUUAUUAUUAUUAUUUAACUCUUACUUAGAAGUUUAUUUAUAUUCACACUAAUUUAUUAUCUAAUUAUUUAAUAGCUGAUUUGGUUAUUUUUUCUUAACACUGAUUACAGAAGAAUGUUCAAAUGCCUUUAAUAAAAGAGAAGAAAAAAUAUGUUGUACUUUGAGUUAGACUUCACUACUUGCCUACUGUACCUACUGUAAAUAAUAUUUCAUUCAUGAAUGUUGCACAAAAACAUUAAAAAGCAAAAAAAAAUUAAAUGACAGAAAAAGCACAGGACAUUUAUCUGAGCAUUUCCACAGGUUCUGGUCCACGGCCUUCUCUAAUUGGAACAGGCAGGACCACCUGGACUGGAUUAGACCAACAUAUGGAGCCUGUUUUAUUUUUACACUCAGGCUUUGCACCUGCAAUUCCAAGGAAAAACAAUUCUAUUUUCUUAUUUCUAUUCUGAAUUCAGAACAGUGUAAGUCUUGACAUCUACUUUUGGCCUCACAUACUAAUAUUUUGUGUUGAAAUUGCAGUUGGAUAAGAUUGUGAA